CCCAGCGACGGCAGAUUUUGAGGUGCGGUGAGCCGAGUGCCAUUGGUGCUGUGUAGUGGCGGAGGACUUGGGAACUCGAAACAGUUCGGAUAGAGAGGGAAUAAUGAUGCUGCAGCUACUACUGCUGGCCCUCCUAUGUGGAGGGGUCUCCGCAGGCUCUCACUCUCUCCGUUAUUUCUACACGGGGGUGACCCCGGGGUCAGGGGUCCCUGAGUUCAUUACCGUCGGGUAUGUGGAUGAAGAGUCAAUCGAUCACUACGACAGUGAGUUGGGGAAGGCAGUUCCCCGUCAGCAGUGGAUGGCAGAGAGUCAGGGACCCGACUACUGGGAACGGAACACACAGAUCUAUAAGGAAUGGGAGCAGUGGUUCAAGGCCAACAUCCCGAUCGCCAUGAGCCGGACCAACCAGUCAGGGGGGAUCCACACUUACCAGCAGAUGUACGGCUGUGAGCUCCGUGACGACGGGACCACCACCGGGUUCCGUCAGCACGGCUGGGACGGGUCAGACUUCAUCUCCUUCGACAAGGACCGGAUGGUGUGGGUGACCCCUGUGCCCUGGGGUGUCAUCACUAAGGACAAGUGGGACCGGAACACGGCCGGGAACCAGUAUUGGAAGGGAUACCUGGAGCAGGAGUGCAUCGAAUGGCUGAAGAAAUACAUCAAGGCCGGGGAGAGUCACCUGAAACCCAAUCCCCCCGAAGUCUCGUUCACCGCCUCCAAGGAUGGCCGCCUCCUCUCCUGUGUGGCCACUGGCUUCUACCCUCAGUCCAUCGACGUGACGAUUCUGCGGAAUGGCCAGACCCUGGAGGAGGCCCAUUCCCACGGGAUCCUGCCCAAUCACGACAACACCUACCAGCUGACCAGGACGGUGCAGGUGGAAGGCAUGGACACAGGAAAGUUCUCCUGUCAGGUGGAACACCGGGGUCUCCCCGAGCCCCUCGUCCUGAUCCAGGGUCCGAAGUCCAACUCCAUCCCAAUCUGGAUCAUCGCUGUCGUUGUGGUCCUGGUGAUCCUGGUGGUCGUCAUCGCUGUUGGUGUUGCCUACAAAAAGAGAGCAGCGUGUUUCUCAGCAGGGAACAAAGGCUACAAUCCCACCAAAACUUCUGACAAAGGAGAAUCCUCCUCCAACUCCUCUGCCACGGCCUGAGGAAAUUCAGUUCACAGCAGAAUAUGGAUGAAGAAAUCUAUGGGAACAGUGUGUAAUCUUGGGACUCUGGGUGAUUACGUGAUAUUCUCCGGGGAAAAAUAUGAUUUAUGCUUUGAUCUUUGUGCUUAGGAAUA